GACGAGAGCGAGGGGGAGAAUGAAGGAGCAAUAGAGAUGGGGCACUGGUGGUGGAGGUGGGGGAGGAUGAGGCCUCUAAAUUUAUCCACCCAUCUUGGUCUGCACAAGAGAUGGGUGUUGGGUUCUUCCAGAAAUGGAAAUGGGUUCUCCCAAAUUCAUCUUCUUCCUUUUCCACGAGCACAUCUUCAUUGGCAACCAAACAUAAUUCUUCCUUCUCUUGGAAAAGCAGGGAACCUUUGUUCGAGUUGGCUAGGCUUUCCAUGCCGCACAUUGCAACAGAAGAAAGUACAACCCUCUAUAGAGAAUCAAUAAAGGCUUAUUCAUGUUCACUUGGACCGAUACAAAAGGUUCACAACGGUUCUACUUUUAAUGAAGACAGCAAGAUCAAGGUUUCUACAAGAGCAUCUCAAAUACGGGACUGCAUCAGCAACACUUGUUUGCAUAUUGCAGAGGAUAAGUCAGAUGGCACUGCAGCUGACUUCACAUUCUUGAUAGAAAAUCUUGAGAAAAUAGAAGGCUUGCUUAUAAAUUCUGAUUUGAUGGUGCUGGAAAAAGAGAUUCUGAUACAAAUUGAAAGGCUUGGCGCUCUGAAAUUGUUUCAUGCUUGUCUUUUAAAAACACUUGCUGCAACAGACACCAUAGACGUGGGUGUAUCAUCCAUUCCUCAAUCCGGAGAUGGUUUCUCAGAAACCAUGCGAAGCUACAGUUGUGGUUAUGUUGCUGUGCAAUCAGGUAAAAAGAAAGAGAGGAAAGAAAGGAGAACUAGAAGAAUGGCUAAGCCUGAUGUUUCACAAUCGUUGACUUUAUCAUCAAGAAUUGACAAGUCUAGGAUAUCUAUUCUCUCCAUCAAAUCAGCAGAUUCACUAAAAUCACGCAGAAGGAGACUGGAAAUUGCCAAAAAAGAGUCAGAUAUGACAAGUGGUGUUCAGGAAAUUUCAAGGUUGGAAAACGUCCGAAUCAAUUUGGAAGAAAAACUGGGGCACAGAGUCAGCUUGUCUGGGUGGGCUGAAGCAGUUGGUGUAGAUGAGAAGACGUUAAAGGACCGGUUAUAUUUUGGGUGGCAAUGUAGAGAUAAGCUCCUGAAAAGUACUCGUUCACUGGUGAUUUAUCUUGCUAAAGGAUAUCAAGGAAGGGGGAUAAGCUUCGAUGACUUGGUUCAGGCAGGACGGUUAGGUGUCCUUCAAGGUGCUGAGAGAUUUGAUCCCACUAGAGGAUACCGUUUCUCUACCUAUGCACAGUACUGGAUUCGAAAGUGCCUGUCAACAUUUGUGGCCCGUAAUUCUCGAGGGAUCCAACUGCCAGCAUCCCUGAACAUUCUAGUAACGAAAACUCAGAAAGCUAGAAGAGCUCUUCAUCGCAAGCAUGGGAGGUAUCCAUGUGACAAUGAGAUAGCAACAGUAACUGGAUUACCAUUAAGUUCUGUAUUGCUGGCAAGGAAGUGUUCACGCAUUCCCGGAUCCAUAGAUCAGAAAAUUGGCGAACAUCUUCAUGCAAAAUUCUUGGAAGUCACAGUUGAUACAUUUGUAAAGACCCCAGAAGAGAUGGUUGUGAAGCAACACAUGAUCGAUGAAAUUCAUGAAGUUCUAGGCACGUUGCAUCAGAGGGAGAGGCAAGUGCUUAUACUAAGAUAUGGUCUCAACGAUGGUAGGUACAAAUCCUUAGAGGAGAUUGGAAGGCUGCUAAAUGUGACCAAAGAGUGGAUAAGAAGGAUCGAGCAAUCAGCGUUUACAAAGCUGAAGGAGGAGGAAAUUCAAGGUAGGCUGAGUCCCUUCCUGAGGCUCUACCGUUGACGUUGAAUGACGGCCUCUCGCAAAUUAUUUUUCUGUAUCAAGUCCCACCCAAGAGAAAGGAUUCGUUAAGGAUCCAAUUUUAUUCUUUAUGGAUGGGUAUAUGAAGGCAGAGAAUCUGCAGUGCAUCCGGAAGCAGUGCGGCCACCAGAAUAAUGGCCUCAAUCCGGAAGCAGUGCAUAAGGUAUAAUGAUGAUGAUUCACCGGACUCAAAUAACAGACCAGUAUCCAUCAAAUAACAAGAUUUUUCUGUGUAAA